GCGGCAGGACGCGGUGGAAGUGCAUGUGGACGACGAGGCCGCCUUGGAGAGGCGGCGCGAAAUCGCGUCCACCAUCGCGACCGCCCUCGUCCAGACCCUCGCCAAUUCAUUGUCCAUGAUUUGGAACCGCAAGCGGAGAGCCGCGCGGGCCGAUGUGCCGCAUGGAGCGCUGGAAGCUGGCAUCCUCCCAGCCUUGGCAGACGGAUGUCCCAUGGAGGGCGAGUCCGACGACGACCCCGACGUCGCCGCCUUCAUGGAUGACAGCGGCGCUGGGCCGUCGGCUCCCGCAGGCGGCCCGCCGGAGGAGGCGGAGACCGAUUUUGCCAGAAAGAAUCGGAUCUCGUGGGAUCGUGUUGCUGACUGGCUGGAGAAGACGCCUCUUCGGGAUUUAGUUGUCGCGCGGUUGGCGAUGGAGCCUUGCGCGGCCCUCUUGAAGCGCCAGCUCGCUGUCGGCAGCGACGCUUUCGACCAGGGCGAGGUGUUCAGCAUGAUUGGUGCGGAGUACGAACGGCUGCUGGCGAGGCCCCACCGCAAAGCUCCAUUCAUGUUGUUCGUGUGCCUGAUAUCGCCCGCCGCCGCUGUCGAUCUGAAGCGCAUCAAGAGGACGCAGCAGUGCGUGCUUGACCGAUUCACUGUCGCCUUCAUGGAGACGUUUGACAUCGAGAGCGCUGAUGGUCGGGCAGCUCUCUUCACGGUGGCCUCGCUGACUCACGUGGACACUUCCCAGGUCGAGUGCAUGCACGCGUACGUGAGGAGGAUGGCCGCGCGCUUGGCCACGCAGGCGUCACCGCCAGACUUCGUGGACAUCGCGUCGAAGUGCGUGGCGCGGAGGGCGCGUCGCAAGGCCGACGUGCACGGCAGCUGGAUUGGCGCGUCGUCGCCGUCAGCCGAGGGCGGCGGUGGCGACGACGGGGGCGUCGAGCCGCCUGAGCCGAAGCCCAAGCGCAGGGCAACCCUCACCGAAUGGCACGCUUUCUCCCGACGGAAGUUUCAGACUGCACGCGGCAUGAAGUUCCACGCUGGGUUGUCGGAUGAGUAUCGGAACAGGACGCCCGAUGAGGUUGUUGCGGACCAGGCCGCGCUGGCGGCAGUCAGCGAGCAGGGAAGGCCUCGCGCUGGCGCCUUUGGUUUGCGGGCCCGGGCCGCGGGCGCCGAGGCCAUCCGCCAGAGGGCGGCUGCGUUGAUCUGCACUGGUGACCGCGCUGUCGAGGGCGUCCUCGUGGCUGAGCGCCUGGGCCAAGCCCGCGGCAGCGAUGCAGGCGCAGGCGAGGCGUCUUGCGCUGAUGCGCGUCGCGUUGCUGCGCGCGCCAGCAGGCUCUUGGGCAUCAGGCGGCGGGGGGCGCAGGAGGCGCGCGAUGCCGCCAUCGCCAGGUACGUCGUCGACAGCGGCCAGUCGAUCGCCAACAGGGUGCGCGGCGCUCUCGGUGUCCAGCCGUGGUCAGCUAAUUGCUGCAGCCUGCCCCUGUUGCCGCCCGUGGGCAUCGGGCAGGCGCGACAGGUGCACAUCGCCCCUGACUCCGCGUCGACCUCGUCGACUGCUCUGGCGCAGGAGAAGACGCGUGAGCGAGACAUGGCUCGUUCGGGCUAUCUCGUGUGCAGGUUGGUGGGCAUCCCUCGUGGGCGGUCCAUCGCGGCCGACUGGCUCGAUGACGACGGCGCGGGCGACGCAUUCGUGGGGGGCGACGAGGACGGCGCGACAGUUGUCUUCUGGCAGCUGGCCGAGUUGGUGCUCAAUCCCGACGUCCCCGUAUUCCAACUCAUGGAGGUCGUGGGCUUCGGACGCGGAGCUGCCGCUGCUGCGCGCGACGGCGAGGUCGCCCUCCAGGCUGCGCGCAGCGCGCGAGCACUGGCGGAACGUGCGCGCACCUAG